UUUGCAAUCUCACCUCUUCAGCUACAAUAUAGAGAAUGUCAAGAACUUCUUAGUCUCUACCAGAAGUACCUAUCAGAGCAGCAAGAGAAGCUCACCAUGUCACUCUCAGAACUUGGUGCUGCUAGAGCACAGGAGCAGCAGAUAACCAAUAGGAAAAGUACUCACCAGUCUUCGUUGAUGGACCUGGAUGGUUCCUACUUGAGUGUAGCCAAACCACAAAUCUACUGUCAGACCAAGGCAAGGCCUAAGUCAGCAACCCAGGUCUCAGUUUCAGAAUCGCUAACGGCAUUGAGGAAUAAUUCUUUGAAACCAAUAAUUCUUCAUCAUCAGAAAGAGGGUUUAGAGAGGAUGUCAUCAGAAACCAGAACAGGUGCUUCUGAAUCUCCAGGGAGGAAACCAAUAGAUGCAGCCCCAAUAGAAAAAGUCCUACCCUCAGAGGAGUUGAAGAUAAAGGAAUACCCACACCUUCCACACACUCCAUCAAGUCAUCACUGUGGUCAUAAAUGCUCUGAAAGUGAAAAUUAUGUUCAUGAGAACUACCAGCCUGCAAACAUGGCCCCUCAGUAUUGUAAGACACAUCCGGAAUCAUGCAGUCAUUGUGGGCUUUCCUGGGCCCACAUGCAAGGUAGAGUGACACUGCAACCCAGUGAAACUGAUGCCAAAAAGCAACUCUCAGAAGAUCGAAGGCAACAAUUGAUGCUUCAGAAAAUGGAACUAGAAAUUGAAAAGGAACGCCUUCAGCAUCUUUUGGCCCAGCAAGAGACAAAGCUUCUCCUCAAACAGCAGCAGCUGCACCAAUCCCGGCUGGAUUACAACUGGUUAAGGACUCAAGCUAUAUUUAAGUCUCGAGAACUGGUUACUGAUAAAAAAUUUAAUAAACCCCAAGAACUCGAUCUCGAUGUGAGUGGUAGUGACUCUGGACUAAGCUUAUUGAAGUUGAAAUGUGACGGAUGGCUGCGUGGAACCUCAUCAUCCUUCAAAAAGUGCCCAAACUCUCCCAACAGUGGACAAAGCAGGAGGGAGAAGAAGACAGUUGAGUUUCAGUCCCAUGUGGAGGAUGACGUCCAAUGGAUGUGCCAGCAGAAAGAUGCAUGCAGACCCCAGAGAGAGACAGUGACAGGAGUUAGAAAAGAUGCAUCUACAUCUCCUAUGCCAACAAGAAGCCGUAAGGACCCCAUGACCCCAGCCUCGUCAUCAUCCCAGCACACCACCUCACGGUGAGCCUAGGAGA